GGACAAGGGCAGAGACGCAGCUGCCUGUCAGUUUCUACCCUGCUCCUAGUUCCUGAGCAACCGGCGAUGAUCCAGGCGUGAGUCGUGAAUGCACACCGACGGACGGAUCGUUCGCUAUUGCAGGAAAAGCAGCCUGUCCUGCUAAUGUUUCGUCAUCAGCCGUGGUUCUAAGCAUCACCUCAGGAGGUUCUAAUCAGAGCAACAUGCUGCACCUCACUGUGCUCCUCCUUUUCCUCCUGUCCCUCACUUUCCCCUCCAUGGAUGCAUCUGUCUUCGGAGGGGAACCUGGCUUCUACGGAGACGAUGCUACAGGUUACGGGCCGGUGUUUGAGGAUCAGCCGGUCGAAACCAUCUACCCUGAGGAGUCGCCUGAGGCCAAAAUCUCCAUGAGCUGUCGAGCACGAGCCAACCCACCUGCCACAUACCAGUGGAGGUUGAACAGCCGGAGCAUAGACCUGGAUGGUGAUAACCAUUACACUCUGGUCGGGGGCGACCUGGUCAUCUCUAACCCCAUCAAGAACAAACACGUUGGGAACUACUCCUGUGUGGCCACCAACGACUACGGCACUGUGGUCAGCCGAGAGGCUGGCGUCCGGUUUGGAUACCUGGACUUCUUCUCGUCUGAGGAAAGAGAGGCGGUGCACGUGAAGGAGGGCCAGGGGGCAGUCCUGCUCUGCGCUCCUCCUCCACACUACCCACACGAGCUGUCAUUCCGCUGGAUUCUGAACGAGUUCCCUAUCUUCAUCACGCUGGAUAAACGUCGCUUUGUCUCCCAGACUACAGGGAACCUCUACAUCUCAAAGGUGGAUUUAUCAGACAGUGGCAACUACUCCUGCUUCGUCUCCAGUGCCUCCAUCGCCAAGAGCGUCUUCAGCAAGUUCAUCCCCCUCGUCCCCCUGACUGAACGUCCAAUCAGGAAAUACCCCGCUGACAUCAAAGUCAAGUUCCCAGACACUUACGCACUGGUGGGACAGAAUGUCACAAUGGAAUGCUUCGCCCUGGGAAACCCCAUCCCUCAGAUCCGCUGGAAGAAGAUGAACGGAGAGCUGCCGUCCAAUCACGACGUCAGCAUGGCGGGGGCCCACCUCCACCUGUACAACGUGCAGUAUGAGGACGAGGGGACAUACGAGUGUGAGGCCCUCAACUCUAAAGGAAAGGACUGGCACAGGGCACACGUCUCUGUAGAAGCAUUCCCGGAGUGGACCGAGUCCAUCAACAGUACAGAGAAGGACAUCAGUAGUGACUACACCAUGUCCUGUGUGGCUAGCGGCAAGCCCAAACCCCACGUACAAUGGCUCAAGAACAGCUAUGCCUACGAUAAGCGUGAUUUGAGGUUCAGUGGUCUGACGUUUAAGGACUCUGGGAUGUACCAGUGUAUAGCAGAGAAUCGCCAUGGAGUCAUCUAUGCUAACGCAGAGCUGCGAGUGAUUGCAUGCGCCCCUACGUUUGAGCACAACCCUGUGAAGUGGAGGAUUCUGGGAGCUAAGAACGGCAGAGUGGUCAUAGAGUGUAAACCUAAAGCAGCUCCCAAACCCUCGUUCUCCUGGAGCAAGGGCACUGAACUGCUCUUCAACUCUACCAGGGUGUUAAUCUGGGAGGAUGGUAGUCUGGAAAUUCUGAAUGUGACCGAAGCAGACGAGGGGCGUUACACCUGCUUUGCUGAGAACAAUCGGGGCCAGGCCAACAGCACAGGCUCCCUCUCCAUCACAGAGGCCACUAAGAUCACCUUGGCUCCUUCCAAUGCAGACGUGAUGGUGGGGGAGAGUACCCACAUGCAGUGUGCCGCGUCACAUGACUCCACGCUGGACAUCACAUUCGUCUGGACCCUGGACGCCCACUCCAUCGACUUCGACCGGGAGGGAUCCCACUAUGAACGCAACCUGAAUGGUGGUUCCAGUGGAGAGCUGCUCAUUAAGAACACCCAGCUGAAGCAUUCUGGACGUUACACCUGCACCGCCCAGACCCCUGUGGACAACGUCACCGCAUCCGCCAAUCUGGUGGUCAGAGGUCCGCCUGGGUCUCCAGGUGGGGUGCGCGUGGAGGAUAUCAGGGAUAAGAGUGUGCGUCUGAUCUGGAGCCGAGGUACAGACAACCACAGCCCCAUCUCUAAAUACACUAUCCAGUGCCGGGACUCUUUCUCUCAGGAGGACUGGCGAGACGCCACCACAUCCCCUCCAGAUGUGGAAGGAAAUGCAGAGUCGGCCACGGUGGUGGACUUGUUUCCCUGGACAGAGUAUGAGUUCAGGGUGAUAGCCACCAACACCCUGGGGACAGGAGACCCCAGCAGCCCCUCUCCCAAAGUCACCACGCUGGAGGCAGUUCCUGUGGUGGCGCCCUCAGACAUCGGCGGUGGCGGCGGGACCAGCAGGGAGCUGACCAUAACUUGGACGCCAGUGCAGCCACAGUACUACUAUGGACGUAACUUUGGCUACAUCAUCGCCUUUAAGCCCCGGGAUGGCUACGAGUGGAGGAAGGUGACUGUGGCAGACCCCGGGGCUAAACACUACGUCCACAAAGACUCGUCCAUCCUCGCCUCCACAGAGUUUGAGGUCAAAGUGAAGGCCUUCAACAGCAAAGGGGAAGGACCCUAUAGUCUCAUGGCUGUCAUCUACUCUGCGCAGGACGUGCCAUCUAAAGCCCCGACUAGUGUGGGGGCCAGGGCGCUGUCCGCCACUGAGGCCAUCGUGUGGUGGCUUCCUGUCACCCAGCACACUGUAGAAGGCUACCAGGUGCGGUACUGGAGGAAGGCGGAGGACAGCGAGACAUCCAGUCAGAGGGUGGUGUUGUCCAGCAGAGAGAACCAGACCAGGCUGGAUAACAUGAGGCCAGACUCUCACUACCUCAUAGAGGUCAAGGCCUACAAUGCAGCCGGAUACGGACCCCCCAGCCAACACUUACAGAUCUACACCAAGAAAGCCCCCCCAAGCCGGCCUCCUAAAAUAAUCAGUAAAAAGCUGAAAGGCACAUCAGUGAAUAUCGCCUGGGAACAUGUUGAGCCCUUGGCCAACGAGUCAACAAUAGAUGGCUACAAGGUCCUGUACAGGCAGGCCAGCAAAUCCACUGGGAUGCUGUUUACCACUGGGAAGCGGUCCAUAGACCUGCCCAUGCACAAGGAUGGGGACUACAUAGUGGAGGUCAGGGCUCACAGCGAGGGAGGGGACGGGGCUGUGGCCCAAAUACGCAUCUCAGGUGGAGGCGUCAUGGCUACCAAGUCCCUCAGCUUGGCCUCCCUGCUCCUGGUGGCUCUGCUCUGCCUGAUGGGCCUCUGAAUGUAGCGCCAUCUUUCUCUGUCUUCACUGUCCAGUCCAGUGAAGGAGACUCUGUGAAGUUGACGCCUAUCUAUGACAACUUUGGUUUCCAUAACCUUUUGGUUUCACCUUGCAGGCCAAAAAAAAAACAUAUUCCCCGUUUCGAGGAAUUAAGGCUCUGUUUGUGGGGAAAAAGACACAAUACAAAAUUUGGACAGAUAAGAUAUCUGGGAUCUCUCUUAUUUUAAACCUACAUUAUCGUUGAAGGAGGAGCGUCUAAAGGGGGUGUUUCAACUUUUUCAAUAUGCCUUAUAGGUGAACGGUUGCACUUAUCUUUCACAAUGCCAUGACUGUCUCUUGACUGGGUGAGGUGUUAGUGCAUAGGUACUGCACCAAGAUGGCAGGUAACUGUUUCAAAAAAAUAUUGUGAUUACAGGCCUUUCUUGUUCAUUCAUGAAGGUACAGUAGCUUCAAAGUGUGUGUUUCAUUUGAUGUAUGGCAUUAUGGACAAUUGUUACAACAUAGCAUUCCAUAUAUAGUGUAUAUAUAUAUAAGCUUAGCAGUUGUAUAGUUGUGAAGGAUAAGUGUAUGAGUUUAUGAAAAUGUCUUUGUGUUUUAUAUGCAUUUCAGUGACUUUUUCUUCCCCCUUUCUUUUCUUUUUUCAAGAUGAAUUACACCAUCCCCUUUACAGAGAUACAGUCAAAUCAAAUCUCUACUCAUGGUCCCCGGCAUCCUAAGAUUUCUCUUAUGGAACAUCAUCAGACAAAAGAGCAAUUCAUGUAAUACUAAUAUAAUAUAUGCAAUGUAUAUGGUUUUGCUAUCUAAUGAGUACAUAUAGCCAGUACAUAUAGCUUACUAUUAACGCUGUAACUUCUUUGUUCAGAGAAACGUCGAUUUUUAUCUCACAAAAACCUGCUUUAUUUCCAACUCGUAACGUUCUCGAAAACGAAUAGACCCCGUUUACAAGUGUUUGCAUGUAGCCAUUGUUAUCAGAAAGAGUUGUCCUGACAAAACAAGAGAAACUUCUCAGCCAGAGUGAUGCGAGCAUUUUUAGCACAUGCAUAUCUGUGUAUGUAAAAGUUGAAUGUAUUGAUGAACUGUGGGAACGAGAAAUUAGCUUGAAAACAUAUCAGACCUGCAGUUUGUAUAUAUCCAUAAAAAGGAUGCGGAUUCAUGAUUUCGACUGGCUGAGAAAAGCUGCCUGUCUGUCUGUCUCAUCCGGACUUCCGGCACGUUCUUUGCAAUGGGACAGCUGGAGAUAGAAUUUGAAUAUUGUAACAAUGUUGCAAAUACCUGAGGGACAGACCGCAAGGUUUAUACAAAAAUCCGCUGUUGAAAACUAAAUGUUAGUCUUAAAGAAAUGUGAGAUAAUGUCUAGAUGCUUUUUAUAGCGGAGAUCAAGUUUAUAAAUUGUGACUGACCGGCUUAAAUCGGUCUCGUGCCGCAAAAUUUGAAAUUGUGUUUUUUUUAUUUUUACAUUGGAUAAAAGUGAAGACUCAGAGUUACAAAAUGGUAUUUCAUACACUGCAUUUGAGGAACAAUGGGAAAGUAAUUCUGCUUUGAAAGUUGAUAAACUUAUAAACUCACUUUUGAGAAAAUUGCCUUUUGAAUGUUUUGGUACCUACUGGAGAGCUCUUCUUUGUCUACACCCAUUCAGCAUUGUUCACACCCUCUUAAAAUGGGUGUGGCUAAACAAUGAACCAUAAUCCCAAUCCAUAGAGUGCUAGCUAAAAUUAUCCAAAUAGGUUCAGUGUUAGCUAGUUAGCUUGCUAACAUUAGGCUAUAACUAGCAAUGUGAAAUGGCCUUCGGAUAUAACAUUAAAGUUACUACACACAGAUCAUAAACAUAAUAUUAGCUAGCGAGCCUGCCAUCUAAUGUCAGCUAGCUAGCUAACAGCAAGCUUUAGCUUGCAAUGAAAACAACUUUCUGACAAAAUUAUAAACGUAUAAUAUCUGAAACUGUAGCUAGACUCUUACCCAUAUACAUGGACGAAUGCUUCAUGGCAGAUUGCAACCCCGUUCAUUAAAUAAGACAUCCUGUGUUGUUUCCAUUUUGUUUGUACGCUUUUUUGCCAACGUUUACUGACAUAUUCAACUGCCGUUAUUCUGCACUCUUGCACACUCAGACAAGAGUGCUCUGAAACAGUUGCUGCAGUGACGUUUUAUUGAAAUGGAUACUUGCAUAGUAGUCUUUUGUUAAGUGUUACUACACGCUAAAUAAAAUAAAAAAGCAGCGUUAGAUUGGAUUACCUAGACAUAAUGACCAGCUCAAAUAGACAUAUGCUAUAUGGCAGACAAAUCCAAACUCAUCUCUUGGCAUGUCCAGCCCACUCAUUAUCUCAGCCAAUCAUGACUAGCGGGAAGGUUGCUGUCUUUUUAACCAACUGUGCUCGUAAUUUAACAAUUUUAUUCGUAUAGAGCCUUGCAAAAGUACUCAUCCCCCUUAGCGUUUUUCUUAUUUUGCUGCAUUACAACUUGUAAUUUAAAUGGAUUUUUAUUUAAUAGUAUUUAUUAAAUAGUCCAAAUUGGUGAAGAGAAAUGAAAAAAAUUACUUGUUUCAAAAAAUGAUAUAAAAUAAAAAAUGGAAAAAUGGUGCAUGCAUAUGUAUUCACCCCUUUACCAUGAAGCCCCUAAAUAAGAUCUGGUGCAACCAAUGACCUUCAGAUGUCACAUAAUUGGUUAAAGAAAGUCCACCUGUGUGCAAUCUAAGUGUCACAUAAUCUGUCACAUGAUCUCAGUAUAUAUACACCUGUUCUGAAAGGCCCCAGAGUCUGCAACACCACUAAGCAAGUGGCACCAUGAAGACCAAGGAGCUCUCCAAACAGGUCACGGACAAUGUUGUGGAGAAGUACAGAUAAGGGUUGAGUUAUAAAAAAAUAUCCAAAACUUUGAACAUUCCACAGAUCACCAUUAAAUGCAUUAUUAAAAUGUUUUAAAGAAUAUGACACCACAACAAACCUGCCAAGAGAGGGCCACCCACCAAAACUCACAGAGCAGGAAAGGAGGGCAUUAAUCAGAGAGGCAAUAAAGAGACCAAAGGUAACCCCGAAGGAGCUGCAAAGCUCCACAGCUGAAAUUGGAGUAUCUGUCCAUAUGACCACUUUAAGCCGUACACUCCAUAGAACUGGGCUUUACAGAAGAGUGGCCAGAAAAAAAAACAUUGCUUAAAGAAAGAAAUAAGCAAACACAUUUGGUGUUCGCCAAAGGGCAUGUGGGAGACUCCCCAAACGUAUGGAAGAAGGUACUCUGGUCAGAUGAGUAAAAAAUUUAGCUUUUUGGCCAUCAAGGAAAAUGCUAUGUCUGGCGCAAACCCAACACCUCUCAUCAACCCAAGAACACCAUCCACACAGUGAAGCAUGAUGGUGGCAGCAUCAUGCUAUGGGGAUGUUUCUCAUUGGCAGGGACUGGGAAACUGGUCAGAAUUGAAGGAAUGAUGGAUGGCGCUAAAUACAGUGAAAUUCUUGAGGGAAAACUGUUUCAAUCUCCCAGAGAUUUGAGCCUGGGACGGAGGUUCACCUUCCAGCAGGACAAUGGCCCUAAGCAUACUGCUAAAGCAACACUCGAGUGGUUUAAGGGGAAACAUUUAAAAGUCUUAGAAUGGCCUUGUCAAAGCCCAGACCUCAAUUCAAUUGAGAAUCUGUGGUAUGACUUAAAGAUUGCUGUACACCAGUGGAACCUAUCCAAGGAGGAGCUGAAGCAGUUUUGCCUUGAAGAAUGGGCAAAAAUCCCAGUGGCUAGAUGUGCCAAGCUUAUAGAGACAUACCCCAAGAGACUUGCAGCUGUAAUUGCUGCAAAAGGUGGCUCUACAAAGUAUUGACUUUGGGGGGGGGGGGAAUAAUUAUGCAUGCUCAAGUUUUCAGUUUUUUUGUCUUAUUUCUUGUUUGUUUCACAAUAAAAAUAUUUUGCAUCUUCAAAGUGGUAGGCAGUUGUGUAAAUCAAAUGAUACAAACCCCCGCAAAAUCCAUUUUAUUUCCAGAUUGUAAGGCAACAAAACAGGAAAAAUGCCAUGGGGGUGAAUACUUUGGCAAGCCACUGUAUUUACAGAUGGCAUACAGGUUUGUUAUUAAGGCACAUGAAAGUUCACAUGUUCAAGAAUGAACAAUGAACGCAUUUUGAUAAAUAAAACAGUUCAAACAGCUCUCCUGGGAAGUAGUCACCCUCGACAUAGUUGCCUGACUGGGCUGAUAAAACAGUGGAUUGCGCAGUCAGGUGGAACAGAGUAAAUAGGCAUUUUAACGUCAUAUCCAAAUAGUGGUGGUAACUUGUUGAAUAGACACCGGCUGAAAUGCGGUUUUUAACCAAUCAGCAUUCAGGACUAGACCCACCGGUUGUAUAACAUGACAUAAACAAUGUGUGACAGUAGUGUAUUUGGUUUGCUUGUCAGGACAACUAACUGUCCCGUGACCAUCGCUUUGCCAUAACUUGUGUCCAGUGUUGUAAGCAUGUACACUUGGAGGAACCAUAUCAACUAAACUGAGUUUGGAAUCAUAUAAAUAGAAAUAUAGAUUGGGUGUUUUCCCUUCUAAGGAUCCUAUUUAUGUGGUUUGAAUAUCCCAUGAAAGAGUAUAUUGAGCACAAAAAGGCUUUGUUUUGACUGUAUCAGACCUUAGUGGUAGACUACAUGCUGGUGCUUUGUAAAGAAUGUUUCGCAUUUAGUUUCAUCUUUUUAAUGUCUCAUUUAUUUCGUUUUUUAAAAAUGUUUUAUUUUUUAUGUUUCAGCCCUUUUUUAAUCAAUGUCUGAAGUGUGAGUGUCACUAUCAACAGUGACGCAGUGACUCUCACUCAGUAAGUAAGCGUGCAAUGUCUGUUUGAAUCUUGAAUGGCUAUUUAAAUUAUAUUACACGUAACACAACCUGCCUAGCUCCUAUAACAGUUAUACUACUAUUGUGUGUCAUGGUCCAUAAACUGGUGCAACUCAAGAUAAACAACACAAACGUUCAAUACCCGUAUCAUAGUUCUCCAAAGCUCAUUCAUUGGUCCUACUAUGUUUGCGACAUUCAUUUGUCUUUUUUUAUUAACAACAUGAGAGUUAUGAUGUCAUCAGAGAUAUAUAGAGUAUGCAUUAUCAAUUGGUGUUGUUGUUCAUCAUUAUGACCCGCCACUGGUUAAACAGUAGAGAUGUAUUACUGUUAUUUCCCGCAAGAAGUAUAAAAAUGCAGAUUUCUUUUUUUAUUUCUCCCUGAAUACAUGUUCGGUGUGAUGCUAGCCAUGCUUUUACUAGCUCUGGUCCAGGGUGUUCAAGUGGCUUGCUACGCAAGGCUCAAGCAGCGCCCUGGACCAGAGCUAUGCCUCUGCAUACAUUGUGACUAUGUCAACAAAACACCUACCAAAGUGCUUUCCCCGGUUUCCCCUCAUGCGACAAGUCAUUGAAAGAGUUGCCAAAUGCAUGAAUGCCUUGAACUUUGAUAUUUGGAAGGAAAGUUGCUAUUACUACAUCCUAACAUGCAUGACAUUGGAAAGUGAUUAUAGGCCUAUAUGGUAAAGAAGCUCCAUCCGUACAUUGCAAUGAGUCAACGCAUCAUACAUACAGGCAACUUCCUAUCAGCUUCAUAUGAACUCAACAUGCCUUUGUGGCAAAUAAUAAUACACAUUAAUUCCAUUAUGAGUGACAUCCCUUUAUGUCAGAGACGGUGUGUUAUGUGUGCAUACUGCACAUUCUAUAGAUAAGCCUAACAUGUGCAUUAGCAAGCCAGUCAUCUCAAGGGGAAGUCUAUGGAGGGCAGGGUUGCAAAUGUUUCAAAACUUUCCCAAAAUUCCCAGCGUUUCAAGAAAUCCCAAAUGGAGGAUUCCCAAAAUUCCCAAAUUUUCCAAGAAAUCCAGUUGGAGGAUUCACCUGAGAAUUUGGGAAAAAUGUCUGGAUUUUUUUUCAUCCUAAUGGGGGUUAAGGUCUUACAGAAAAAAACCUAAACUGACUAAAGGAAUCUCACUCAUUCAAGUUCAGUAGGCCCUACUGGUCAGUCCUGCGCUCGGUCUCAUGCAUUACUGUAAGAUGGGUUGGGCGUUGAUGACAUCACCGUUGUUGAUACAGCAGCACUGUUUGGCUGUAUGUUCAGUGCUGUAUUCAUACUGAAUCGCACAUGUUGAGAGGGCUGAAACUGGACUCUCCAAUUGGCUGGACAUAAAAGGAACAAUAAAAGUUUAGUUAACUAUC